AACAAGCUCUGUGGUCCCCCCCUCAGCGACGGGCAGAGCGGCGGGCUGACGGGCACGGCUGCGGAUGCCGAAAGAGCCCCGCGUCGGAUGUCCAGCAGCCGGACGGACGCGUGUUUUCCACCCACACGAGCUGCUCGCGGCGCGGAUCUGCGCGCACCGUUAACUCUGCCUGCGGGCGCGGCAGGAGCGACGCGGAAUAAAAGGAUCUCCCGCAAGUGGCCCGCAUAACAUGCCGCGGAAAGUAGCGGAUUUCAUCCCAGAGAGAAACACCGAGCCUACAGCACGGCAGAGGAGUGUUAAAUGCUCUGACACACCGCGAUCCGCUGCUGGGAUAGAGGAUGGACAGAGAACAUUAUUAGCACCCUCUUGUGGUGUGGAGGAAUGAAGGCCUCUGGAUGAAGGCCAUGGAGCUGAAAGUGUGGGUGGACGGAGUGCAGCGCAUCGUGUGCGGGGUCACAGAGUUCACUACAUGCCAGGAAGUGGUCAUUGCUUUGGCACAAGCCAUUGGACGCACCGGCAGGUACACUUUGAUAGAGAAAUGGCGUGAGACAGAACGUCACCUGGCUCCGCAUGAGAACCCUGUGGUGUCCCUCAACAAGUGGGGUCAGUAUGCCAGCGACGUCCAGCUCAUCCUCCAACGGACCGGCCCGUCCGUUAGCGAGCGGCCCACCUCUGACGGGCAGGCUCGUGUCCCGGAGCGCGGCUUCUACCGGCAGAGCCUGCCACCUCUGGCUAAGCUCCGCCCGUCAGGGGCAGACCGCUCGCUCAAAAGAAGGGAACCCAAACGCAAGUCUCUGACCUUCACCGGGGGGGCCAAGGGUCUGCGGGACAUAUUUGGGAAAAGCAGAGAUGCUGAAGCCAAACAGCCCCAGCAGCGCGGUGUCAGCCUGAACCUGCGCAGGGUUGGAGGUGAUGGAGUAGCAUCUGUACCUGGGAGUCCAGCCAGAGAGCUGAGCCGGCUGGUGCAGCUGCAGAGAGACAAACUCCAGGCCCUGGAAAGCCGUCUGCUGGGCUGCGAGGCCGAGCUGCGAGACUGGGAGGAGUCCGCUGGCGAGGCUAAUGAAGGAGGAAACCUGGAGGAGGAGCUGCUGCUUUUAGAGCAGCAGGUGAGAAGGAACGAUGCAGAGAUGGAGGAGGAGGAAUUCUGGCUGAACGAGCUGCAGAUUGAGCAGGAGAGCGAGCGGCAACUCCGGCAACAGCUAGCCGAGCUGCAGGGUGGUGUACGCGACUGCGAGGCCAAGCUCUCAGAGUACUUAGCUCGCAUACAGAGCAUGGAGGCAGGCCUGGACCAGGAGCGGCUGCAGCAGGAGGCCGAGCUCAACCAGAAGGUCAAUGAGGAGGAGAUGCAGGCGCAGCUGGAGAAAGUGAGGGCUGAGCUGGAAAUGCAGGGCCAACACACAGCGCGGCUGGAGAGCAGCUGCAGGGCGUUGGAGCGCUCACUUGGCCAGUCCAGCAAGAGAUUACAGGAGAAGGAGCAGGAGCUGGAGCAGCUGACAAAAGAGCUACGACAGGUCAACCUGCAGCAGUUCAUUCAGCAGACUGGUACCAAGGUCACCGUGCUGCCUGCUCAGCCUACAGGAGAACACGACAACGAAGUGGAGUCUGGCUCUCUGAAAAGACUCGGCUCUUCUCGCCUCUUACCGAGCGACCUUCGCACUCUUCAAAGCACCGUGUCCUCCAUCCUCAACCCUGAGGGGAUCUACGUUUGACCCCCAAACUGUGUCCAGGAGACGUUACUGUCAACAGCACUGUUACGAGGACUGUUCCUGUGACUGGAGGACCCACAAAUUGACUUCCCAAACUGCUGAAAUGCGCUUAAGCAAGGCACCGAAACAAACCCAGCUCUAGGAACACAAUAAGUGUGGAGGAUGCUGGCAGAAACAUUACAUGGAGGAUGAGUGAGGGCAUCACAAAAAAAAACAAAACUCACAAGAAGACCUCCAUCUGUUUUGCGUCUUUCCUGCACUACUUCCUCUUCCAUCUUACUGGGACUGAGACUCAAACUGAUGUCAAUAUCCAUUUGCAAACAUUUAAUCUAGUGUCUGGGUGAGUGAGGAUUCCUCUUCAGUCACUCUCAGUCUACAAAAGCUCCAUUUUCACAGAUUACAAAAAAAAAACAACUACUACAAGCCAGCAGACGAUUUUUUGUUGACUGAGAAGGCUUCAGCCAAACGGUGCAGAUAAACAGUUUUUAUGUUGUACAUCCUGAACUGGAGAGAAUUUCAGGAUGCAAAGUUUUGGACACAUAUAAACAUAAUCCAUGCACGAGCAUGCACCAACACCAACACCACACCUGUGCUAUAACCACAGCCAUAUCUGAUUGCCUUACUCUGGUGUUGUAAAACCAGUCUAAUGAUAAAACAGAACUCAAGGUAGCUACUGAACUAUGCGCCAUACGAAUAAAAAUACCUAGCGCCAAUUCAGGUGAUGCCUAGUUAAGGUAACUGAUGUCACUAUAACUCAACGUUGGCUCUUUUUCUUUCAAGUUUUGUAUUGAUUUUAAGCAGGAGUAAAUUUGCGUCAUAUUUUUUGUGUUUGAAAAAAAUGGAGAAUUCUCUCUCCAGAAGAAAAUAGAUGGCGCAAUGUCAUCAACAGAUGUGCUUGGUGAAAUAGUUUGGCUCUGGGUUCAGUUUUGGUGCACAUGUGGUGCAGAGCCAUUAAUCUCCUCUUUGUUUCAGUUGAACCCGUCAGUUUCAGUUGAACGGAGUGAUGAGCGAUGACAGAGGCCUUAAAGCCUCGAAAAAUAUGCCAACAAUGAUUUCAUACCCAGUCUGACCACCAGGUGGCGACAAAACAUAUAUUAUCCAGACAGGUGAAAGUUAACUGUGUGAAAGUUACUCCUGGUUGGAUAUUAUCUCUUUAUUCAUUUUCAUGGGUCAUUUAUGACUGUGCAUUUUUUUUUUUUUUCUUGGAUGAAAGCCUCACUUGAGCUUUCAGUGUAUAAUCUGAGGUACCACUUAGAUCAUAGGGCAAGUACCUGACAUGUGUACAUCAGGCAGGGACAAACACACACUUCUCAGAACAGCAUCAUGCCAACAUACUGUAUGCUUUCAGUUCAAUCUGAUUUUUAACAUUUUAAUGAACUAAAGAUGUCUCAUAUGAACCAAAGCUAGUGUUAAAAACAUCAAUAGUUAGAUGAAUGUACUUUUUUAUACGUAUGCAACCUAUGCCCGUGAAGUGUACUGUCUGAGUCCAACAGUAGUCGCAUAUAUUUUCUGAGCAAAACUCAGACAUCUUCUUUUCUUUACAGGCUGAAACACAAAACAAUGAAGCUGCAAUUUCACAAAUGUCUGGUUGUUACUGAACUGACCCAUUUCUGAUAACUUAUCCAUGCAGAAUAAAAGGAGAUGUUUCUGGGUUUCUGGGAUGAAGCUGACACGAACUGCAUGAGAAUAUAUGGGCUCAAAUGAGGGUCAGUAAGCUGUUGAUCUUGAACUAAUUUAAGUAUGUGGUUGUAUAUCAGACAUGUCAGAAAAACUCAGUCGUGAAAAAAAAUUUGAUUGUCUGAAUAAUAUUUUAUCAACAGUACAUGCACAUAAAUGCACACACACAUUUAAGUUAUAAGUGCACAUUCUGACCCUGCUUUGGGCUGUAAAACUUCCCAAGUAUGAAUUGUAGUCCCAAAUUACACUCAGUUUACUGCUGAGUCUGUACUCAAAUUAGUAAUUUAGUUAUUUUAUAGUUUCAGAUUCUGAAUACACACUACAAUCAACAGAUAAAUUCUGAUGUAUUAUUAUAGAUUAAGAACUUAGAAAGUAGUUAAAUUGAGCCUCAGCUUUAGCUGCAACAUUAAAGUGAUGCAUACAUUGAUUAUAUCAGCAGUUAUAAUCCGAUAGUAUAAUACACAGUACACUAUUAUGAAAUGUGCCAUUCUGCAAAAGGAGUACUUUUGUUUAAAUUGCAUAAAUUGAGCAAAAAUUGAGUUUUGUUCAAGUAAAGCUUGUAUUUCUACUCUGAGGUAAUGCUACUUAAGUAAAAAAAUCCAGAGUAUAUGCCAAAUUCUCAACAUCUACAGAUCUUUUCUACCCAUUCCCAAACUUUCUGAGUUUUUUCCGCAGGUUUUUAAAGCGUGAUGUACAACCACAAGCUUUGAAAAUAUUUCUGAACAUCAUCUCACACGCUCAAUAUCUUAUUGACCCUCAUAAGAAGAAGCUUGAACUGUGAAUGCACGAUAACAAAGUGAACUGCUCCCUCCAGUGUGAAGCAUCUCGCUUCACGGUUUGCACUGCAGUGCAAAAGAUACCCGGAGGAAUUCACAUCACAACUUGGCAAACUAUUCACAGAAAUUGUUCAGUGACAGAAGUUUUUCUCACCCUCCGCUUCCCUCAGUAUGCAGUAUUAUCGUCAUGGCAACAGCUUCAGCCGUGACACGGAGACUGUAACCCGCUAAUAAAGGAAUCACAGCUCUGGCUGACUGAAAGUUUUGAAUAAUGGCAUGCCUUACUGAAAAAAAAUGUAAAUAAUGUCUACAUAUCACAUCAGUCAGUGGACUAUUUUUAAAGUAGAUUGAAGUCUGAAAUAUGCAGAGUCCUAGAAAGGUUCUAGAUUUUAAUGCUGCCGUUCAACAGGCAGCUCUGCGUGCAUGCAAUGUGUGUGAUUGGUUUAUUUGGACUCCCAAUUAGUAGCUACCAAGGAUGCAACAAUUCAUCUGUGAUUAAUUUUAUUUUUGGUUUGUUGUGUCCCUUCUUGCCUUGUUGACAUUUACACUGAUGGAGAGCUGAGGUUAGGUAAAGAGCAAGCAGACAGCUGAGUGCAUACUAUCAGACAACGGCAACAAUUGCAGAUUAUUCUCUUGCCUUUUCAUUUAAUUCUGGCAAAGAUAACAUAUAUGGAUGUAAAAGAGGUCCAUGUUGCAUUGAAACAUGACAUGGCGUUUACCGACAUCGCCGGCUGUAUCUUUUUCCUGCUUCACGCUUUCAGACGUUGCCAAUGAUUGGUUUCUGUUGUUUUGCCAUCAAUGGUGCUUCUAAAUAAAAGUGCAUAUAGAAAUGAGAUGAUGGAGCCAUUAUGAAAACAGCCAUCAAGUGGCUUUGAAAGCUAUUGUAGAAACGCCGCAGCUCAGGGAUAUUUCAAGACACAGAAUUACUCCGACAAGAAUGGGCAGAAAGUAAUUAUGGAUAAAUGCUGUUCAUGAUGUCUCAAGCCAUUUGACAAGUUAGAUCGCGUAUUUGCUCUCAUGGAGACUUGAGCGCCGUUUGACAAGUUUAACAUGUGGCAUUUUGGCUCCUAGAUACAACACCACGAAUGUAACUGAAGCAAGGAUUUUGUUCUGAGAGCGAUGGAUAUGAAAAGUAAAGUGUUUCUCUUGGCUCUUGAUUCAUGUUGACGCUGGCCCAGUUUUUGCCUCUUGUGUCUACAUGAGAAGCACAAACUGGGGCUAGUUGAAACAACUGCGUUUCCAAUGUAAUCCUGUUCAUUGAAGCGCCCUCAAAGCACGCUUCACUGUAUACAUCCUGCUAUUUAGAUGAACUGUGCUCGGCUAACAUCACUGACUUGCACUAACUCAACAUUUAGACAAGUUAUUGUGUAUUAGAAAUGUUAUAAUUUUGUAUUGUUUACUUACAAAUUCACCUACUGUAUUUUUUAGCUUUCAGAAUUUAACAGAUUUUCUUCUCUGGAUCAUUGUUCAGCCACCAUGUAUCAAAUACAUGAAAAUCAAAUUCAAGAAUAAUGUAAAGUAUAUAAAUAAAUGAAUAAAAUAUAUUUAAAAAGAUGCCAGAAAUGAA